UCCAGUGCGCCGCCUAGGCGACCUCCAGCUGUCGAAUGUACACGUGCACGCGGUGACGCUUGAGAAGCCGGGCCAGGCGCCCGCGGACGUGAGGGAGCUGUGCAGGGACAUUCGGCGCGUGGGUCGGGGCAACGGACUGAUCCCGAGUGUAGUCAAGGGUCGCGCUGCUGCUCUUCUGGACGACGACCUGCUCGACGAUCUGAAUUUCGACGACAGCGAUAACAGCGAGCAACAACGCGCCGAGCACGAGGGCUUCUGGGCUGCAGCGAACAGUCUGAUGGAUGCUGCCAACGAGUGUGAGGAGGAUGAUCUGUGCGAGGCAGACUGGAACAACGAAGUUCACUCACGUGCGCUACGGCUCGCCCUCGAACGUGGUCGUAGCGAGAGGGCAGUGUGGUACCGCAACGUCACCACGGCACAAAUCAAGGAUCAGUCGCUACUGCCCAGCUCUGCCGCAGGCCUGGCGGCACAGUCAAAGAUGGUUGACUUUGCCGUUGUCCUCGACACCAGGUCAGACAAGGACCUUGCAAAAAUUGUCCGCGCAAAGCUCCGCCAAGAGGAGCUUUCUUCUAUCAACCACACUCCUGCUGAGCACGUACAAUUCUCGCCUAUCGCAGUUAGUAUUGAGACCAAGCGCGCAGCCAUCGAGGAAGACGUGGCCAAUGCGCAACUUGCCGUGUGGGUGUCUGCACACUUUCGCUGGCUGCAGCGGCUCAGCAAUGGAGGCUCUGCGCUCCCAACGUUGCCCUUGAUAAUUGUGCAAGGCCACGAGUGGAAGCUAAUGCUCGCUGAGCUCGAAGAUGACUCAGAGAUCAGGAUAUUCCGGCAUUUGAGUCUAGGGACCACUAGGUCGGUUCUUGGCGUCUAUCAGCUCGCGGCUUCGUUGAGGCGAUUGGCGGGAUGGGCAAAGGAUACAUACAGACCUUGGCUCGAGAAGAAUUUGUUAUUGGUGUGA